GCAGUUCAACCAUGAACCUGAACACCACAACCAGCGCCCAAGAGCAGGCUGUUUAUUUGCGAACUCUUCCUUCCAUCAGAGACAGAUGUACCAAAGUUUAUGAGCUAGGAAAGCUAGGAAAGCUCGAAUACUUCGAAUAUCACCCCCAAAAAGAGACAGAUGUUGUAGCGUUUUGUGAACAAAUCAUCAAACGAGACUUUGGAACUAAUCUCGCAUCGAUUCCUCCUCAUGGCCGAUGGAGGCACCUUGACGCAGGCUGUCCUCGUGUCGAACCCUUGAUAGCCAGAUGGAAGGCCUCAAGCAACCCCCCAGACGAUAAAGAAAUAUGUAAACGCUUGAUCGAUCUUUUUCUUGUUUCUGUUCUGCUCGACGCAGGAGCAGGCAGCGAGUGGUCGUUCUUCGAGAAGGAGUCAAAGCAGAAAUAUAGUCGUUCUGAAGGUUUAGGUGUCGCCAGUGUGCACAUGUUUACUGAGGGGCUUUUCUCCGGAGAUAAAACACAGCCUUAUAGAGUGGAUUCUCAAGGAUUGUCUCAGAUCACCACCGCAAAGACAGCCGAAGCCUUGCAGGUAAAUGAUAGUAACCCUAUGGUAGGACUUGAUGGACGCACUUCCUUGUUGGUUAACUUGAGUGAGGCCCUCAAAUCAAGCCCUCAAUUCUUUGGGAAGGAUGCCAGACCUGGAAAUAUACUUGACUUCCUUGAGACCCAAUCUAUACUCGAAGGAUCGAUUAGACGAGUCCAUAUAUCGUCUCUAUGGCACACACUGAUUGAAGGCCUCGCCCUAAUCUGGCCCGCGAGGACAUCCUUGGCAGGCCUUCCUCUGGGCGAUGUUUGGCCCUGUUCGGCUCUCAAGUCUGUCACACAAGUGGAAGCAGGCGACUUAGUGCCGUUCCACAAACUAACAGGAUGGAUCACAUACAGUCUCGUCGAGCCGAUCGAGAAGAUCUUGCAGUGGACAUUCGAAGGCAAGGAAGACAUGACUGGUUUACCCGAAUAUAGAAAUGGAGGUCUCCUUGUCGAUUUCGGAGUGUUAACAAUUCGCUCAAACAUACUUUCCCCGUCCUUCUAUCCCGAUCUCUCCACUGGAAUUCCCCGCUUACCGCCAUCUCACCCCGCAAUCGUAGAGUGGAGAGCGAUGACCAUCAUCGAACUUGAUCGUAUUGCGGAUGCCCUUCGACACAGAUUAGGGCUAUCGUCGACUCAGCUGACCCUCGCCCAAGUGCUGGAGAGUGCUACUUGGAAGGGUGGCAGAGAGAUAGCUAAACAAAGACGUCCGCAAACAGGCGGUCCUCCCAUUGAUAUAGAAAGCGACGGGACGGUGUUCUAAUAGUAGCAAAUAGCGGAAUCUCAUGUGUACGUUUAUCAAGAAGAGACGCAGAAAACAUGCUCUUGUACACGUGAUGUAAAUUAGUAAAGUCUGUAACAUAAAUAUAUUGCAAGUCACCGAUUCUC